AUGAGAAAAUUAGACCUUGAUCUUAAUAAUAAUUUUUGUCAACAAUUAACUAUUUGUCAAACAUCAACAGGUGAUAUGAAUACAGACAAACCAUCAAUAGUUCAUGUACCAUUGGCAAAAGAUGAAUCAACUAAAGAAGAUGACGAAUUCAAACGUACGAUAGUUAAAAAUUUAGAUGUUACUCCAGAAUGCACAUUAUGUCAUUAUGUUGUUUCAUAUUUGGAUGCUAUUUUAAAGAAUAAUAAAUCUGAAGCAGCAGUUGAAGCUGCAUUAAAAAAAGUUUGUACUAUUUUACCAAGUAAAGAACGUGCUCAAUGUGAUGAAUUUGUUAAAACUUAUGGACCAGUUCUUGCUGAAUUGAUUGCUGAAAUGGCUGAUCCAGAUACAAUUUGUCGUUAUCUUGGUAUGUGUCAAGUUUCAUUACCAAUAGAAACAACAACAAAAAAACCGUUACCGGUUACCUAUUCAAAUCAUGAUUAUGUUCGUUUAUCAUUAGAAGAAAAGCCAUUUACAUGCACUAUUUGUCAAUUUAUUAUUAGUCGUAUGAAACAUUUCGUUGCUCUCAAUCAAACUGAAGAAGAAAUACUUGCAUCAUUAAAAGAGUCAUGCGAUUUAUUUUCUGUUAUUAAUCUUAAACAACAAUGCAGAGAUUUUCUUGAUCAAUAUGGACCAUAUAUUAUUCAAAUGAUCUCCAGUGAUGUUGACCCAAAAGUUGCUUGUCAAAGUAUUGGAGCAUGUGAAAAGAAUGCUGAAAUAUCAUCACCAUCAACUCGUCGUCAAUCCACUCCUCCUACCCUGGUGGUAUCAUCGACAAAUUAUGGAAAAUGUAUAUUUGGUAUGAACUAUUGGUGUACAAGUCGUCAAAAUGCUGAAUUAUGCAACGCUGUCGAAUUAUGUGAACGUCAAGUUUGGUCAAAAAAAAAUAAGAAUAUCGUCAUUUGA